AUCUUCCACAAUAUUUUGUUGACGUUUUCCUUCUCUUGAAAUUCCUCCUGGUGUUUGUUGAAAUGGUCUAAGAGAAAAGAGUUGGACGAGAGGUUAUCUGGUGGACUGAACAAAUUCCUACAUCUAGCUUCUAUUUGGUCUAUUUUAUUUCAAAGUAAAAUGUCAAUUCGAACAAACAAAAUGAAAGCCGUAGCUGUGUUGAUGAAGCAGUUGACGACAGCAAGGAGGAAAUUUGAUGAAAGGGGAAGAGAUGAAUCAUUUGAUGGGGAGUUGGAGAAGUUGCGGUCGGUUCUGAACAAGAUAAAGGAUGUGUUCGUGGAAGUGAAGAAGAAUGAAGAAAAACUGCUUGACACAUUAGCAGAGGUGUAUGACCAUCUUCGCAGGUUAAACCGCAGGAAGCUGCAUGAAGACAUGGAUGGAAUUUGUAAUAGAAUCAGAGAUUAUGCUCUCAUGUUGCUACCAACGCUUGUUUUUGAUGACUCGUUUAAGGACGAGGAUCACAAGGGUGGAAAAAUAUCUCACUCAUCGGAAGAGUUGGUGCAACCCCAUCAUCAGAAUAAUUGGACUCUGGAAGAUUAUUACCGGUUACACCAUCUAUCAAGAUUUUAUUUUUUGUCUCUCCUAAUUUUCCCUGAGAACGCUGUGAUAAGGAAAAGAAAUGCAAUUAAUUUGUGGAUUGGGGAGGGUUUCAGUGAAAAUACAUAUAACGAUACAGCAGAGGAAGAGGUCGAGGAUGUGAUCGAUGAUCUUUUGAAAUGUGGUGUGAUUGUACGCUGUGGCAAUGGAAAGGAUCCCUUUGUCAAUAGAUUUCGAAUUCUUCCUGGCGUUCGUCGUCAGUUGUAUUUAAAUAGAGAUUUAUAAAAUAUCAGAUCAUCGCCAUCGCCGUUACUGCUAGAAAGAAAAAACGUUACAAUAGGUGGAGUUGAUGCAAAAGAUCAUACUUUACGUAAUAUUUUUAAUAUAGGUGCAAGUUAUCUGAAUUUUAGACCGCAAUGGGCCACUGAAUUGAGGAAUUUAGAGGUGCUUCAACUUGGGCAUUGGCAAGAUUCAGCUUUGCAUCACAUUGAAGUUGGGAGUCAAGAAUUCUUGAAAGAUCUGAGAUAUCUGAAAGAGUUGAAGUAUCUGAGUCUGCGUGGGAUGUCGAGAAUAUUCGAGGUUCCAUCCUCCAUUGCAGAACUUGAGAAGCUACUGAUUCUUGAUGUGAAAGCAUGCCAUAAUUUGGAAAGACUACCUGAUGAUAUUUCAUCAAUGAAAAGUCUGACACACCUUAUUAUGUCUGAUUGUUGCUUACUGGAGGGCAUGCCAAAGGGGAUUGAGAAGCUGAGUAAUCUGGAAGUACUGAAGGGAUUUCUAAUAAGUACUUCUGAAAAGACUCCUUGCGAAAUAUCAGAUCUGGUAAAUUUGAGAAAACUAAGGCGACUCAGCAUACGUAUAGGAAGUGAGGCCAUGAUUAGGGAUGGGGAGUUUGAAAGUUUGAGAUUUUUUUUUGCACUGAAACAUCUUAAAAUAUCUUGGAGCGUGUCUGACCCAAAGUAUGAUAAAAUUAAUGUCGUUUUACCAUCAAGUUUGAGAAAGUUGCAUCUUGAAUGUUUUCCUGGAAAGUCUUUGGAAGAAUGUUUUAUGCCACUCCUUCCUAGGUUCGUGUUCAUAUCGAUGGAGCUAAAGAUAACGGGAGGAAAACUGGAAAGUAUGAAAGUAGAUUUUCCAUAUGGUGGAGUAUGGAAUCACUGCGUCUGAAGUACCUUAAGCAAUUGAACGUGGACAUAAACGAUUUGAAAGCAUUGUUUCCUAAGCUGAGAUAUGUAGAAGUUAAACAAGUCUCAAACAUUUCAUACCUUCAACAUCAAUGGACAGAUGAAUAGGACUUCAUGCUGUAAAAUGUUGUAAAAUGUUGUGCAUAUUGUUUAAUUUGUUCUCUGAAUAAUAUUAUGUUAUUUACACUAUGUUGUAUAUCUAGAGUGACCAAAAGUUGAAAA